AUGUUGUAUUCCAGCCGCUUGGUGUUCGGUACUGAGCAAGAGGCCGUAAGGCUUUUUGCUAACAGCUCAGACACGUCUAAGGGUGGCCUUACUAUCCAGGUUGGCAGGUCUAUCGAUGCGCAAACCGUACAUGUGCCGCAGUCCGUACUGGACUCCUGUUCGAUCCUAGGGGGCCUGCUCCUACCGGGUUGCAGAAUCGUCAACGCUGAUCCUAUCGUCUUCGCCAUCAUCAUUGAGUACUUGCAUAUGAGCAGCAUUAUGGAUUUGAUAACAUUCAGCACACCCGGCCAUCUUCAAGAGUUGACCAUCAACGAGAACCCCUUACUCAGCCUUGCCAAAGCGUGGCAUGUGGGUGACAUGCUGCGUAUGCCCGAUUUGCAGAAUAGGCUCUUCAAAGUAUACCGCGCCUACUAUAUGCAGUGCUUAGAGGACCGCCUCCGUCCGCCCCUGGAUCCAGAGCCGUUGGACUCAAAGCCUUUGGACCCAGAGCCAUUCGUCUACCUGAGAGAUAACAUCGGUAACCACACCAAGGCAGAAAAGUUUAUUGUCGACUUUCAUGCCGGGCUCAUGCAGAAUCAGGCAGUCCUCAAGCGCAACGACUUCAAGUUGCUACCAAAUGACAUCGCAGUCAAGAUUAGGUAUCGCUGGUUUGAGCUCUCCGGUAGGGUCAGGAAAGACAGUCUCCAUCCUGAAUUGAGUAACGACCGAAUCGCAGCCAAAGACUCCUGUUACAGAGUUACCAAAGACGAUGCGAUCGUACAAAGUGACUUGCAGAUCCAGUAUCUAAGUCUCUGGUCGCAUGAAACAGGCAACAGUGAGGCUACAGACGACGUGAGUGUGUAUGAUCUCUUCGCGCCUAACCUGCAGUGGAACGAAUUGCCACCUGAGCACUCGACGCAGGCCGGUAUCUUUGGGUUAUUGGACUUUGCAGCCUAG